CUCACAGAGAGAGGGGAGAAGCCGAUCCCAGAUCAGAACCGAGUCAUCAGAUGAGGAGCCGUGAGAAGCUCAGCUCAUCCCAUGAUAACGGCAGAGUUCACUUUUCGAGGGGAUGGAGGCUCCUCCGGCUGCUUUCUGUCUCUGCUGCUUCCUCGUCGCUGCUCUCGCUUUCCAGGCCGAAGGAGAAAUGUAUACGUCGCUCCAAAACGUGAGGCAAGCCAUUGACGUUGAGAGGAAACUGAUUGAUUAUCUGAGAAUGUAUAUCGACAGCGAGCAGCAGAGACUGGAGGACAUCAAGCGGUUUCAUGCCAGAGUGUCUGACCUCCACUCAGAGCUCUACAAAGGCCCUGCAGCUGCAACAGCCAACCCACUGGUGGCCUUCACGCUCGUCAAGCGGCUGCAUUCGGAGUGGCUGAACGUCGUCUACAGCAAUGAAGCUCAAGAAAACGUUCAAAACCUCAGGUCCAGAUACAAGGAAGAGGAGGCUCACUUGCCCAAAGUGGAAGACCUCCGGGGGGCUGCAAAGGGGCUGAUGAGGCUCCAGGAUGUGUACUCCCUCCAAGUUUCAAGUCUGGUAGAGGGCCGCUUCCAGAGGGCCAGCGGUGGAGGUGUGGUUGACGUCUGCUCGCCUGCUGUGUCCGUCUCGCUGUCUGGUGACGACUGCUUCCUGGUUGGGAAGGUGGCCUAUGAGCAGGAAGACUACUACCACUCGGUGCAGUGGUUGGAGGAGUCGGUACGUCUCUUCAGGGGAGCCGCGGGAGAGUGGAGUCCUGAGAACGAAGGGACCUUAGAGGACGCUCUGGAUCACCUGGCCUUCUCCCACUUUAAGACAGGAAAUGUCUCGUAUGCCUUGAGUUUGUCUCAUGAGUUACUGCAUCAUGAUCCAAUGAAUGGACGGGUGUUGCAGAAUAUUGAGAAAUAUGAGAAGCUGCUGGGUUCUGCAGGUCCAACCGGGGAACGCAGCUUAAGAAGACCCGGCUCCUCCUCCUUAACGACACGGGACACUUAUGAGAGACUGUGCCUGACUCAGGGCUCCCAGCCGAUGCACUUUGAAAACCCCGGACUGUUCUGUGACCUCUUUACCAACAACCACAGCCCUGCACUGCUGCUGCAGCCUGUGAGGCGAGAGGUCCUGAGCCUGCAGCCUCAUGUGGAGCUUUACCAUGACUUCAUCACAGACGCCGAGGCGGAUGACAUCAAGAGGCUCGCCCAGCCUGGCUUGAAGAGAUCCGUGGUGGCAGCUGGAGAAAAGCAAGAAACAGCAGAUUAUCGAAUCAGCAAGAGUGCGUGGCUGAAAGGCUCGGAGAGCUCCACCGUUGGGAGGUUGGACCAAAGGAUUUCCGUGGUAACGGGUUUGAACGUGAUGCACCCGUAUGCCGAGUUCCUUCAGGUGGUGAAUUAUGGGAUUGGUGGACACUAUGAACCUCAUUUUGACCACGCCACAUCACCCACCAGUCCUGUUUUCAAGCUGAGAACUGGGAACCGCAUGGCGACCUUUAUGAUCUACCUCAGCUCAGUGGAAGCUGGCGGUUCCACGGCCUUCAUAUAUGCCAACUUCAGUGCUCCAGUUGUGGAGAAAGCUGCUAUCUUCUGGUGGAACCUCCGCAGAAAUGGUCAGGGAGACGAAGACACUCUGCAUGCUGGCUGCCCGGUGCUCAUUGGUGACAAGUGGGUGGCCAACAAAUGGAUCCACGAGUCUGGCCAAGAGUUUGAGCGUCGCUGCAGCCUGAAUCCUGAGGAGUGAGAGGGAGUACGAGCCUUUACUACUGCCAGGCACGUUGGCAAGGAAAGACGAGGCAGCAGCCAGAGAAAGAGCAUGUGUGCGUGUGUGUACAGAUGAGAGAGAUAUCGGAGGAGCCUGCCUGCGUCUUUGAUUGGAGCCCAGGGCCCCAGGGAGCCUGGACACUCCUGCUGUGGAUGUGGAGGUGAAGGUGGAGCAAAAUCUGCCCAUGGAGACCAACUGUUUCCAUCAGUCACUUCAUGCUAUAGUGGAGGAGUGUUUACAUUUCUUGCAUUUCGCAAGAAUGCUGGAAGACGUACACUAUCUGCGUUGGACGUAAAUUAUCAAAUGAAACGUGUCCUAAAUUUGGUAAUCAUUGACAAUGUGAAGCUCAGACUGCAUUAAACAUCUCAUUCUAUCAUGCCUGAUGGAAGAGUGUCGUCACUGUCACUGUUUCUGACUCAGACCGAUGAAGAUGCAGUCUAAUGAAACAAAUAAACUAUUAAAUCAGCCUC